AUGCUCGAUCUUUCCAGUGUUCCCACCUUACAAGGUGCCACCAGCACCACGUUCUCUCGUCCUCCUUUCGACGAUUCUUUGACGAUUCCUGAGCUUUUCACCCAUCACGCUGCUAAUAGCCCUAGACACCCGCUGUUCAGGUAUCCUGAUGAGGGAAAGAAACUCACUACGAUUUGCUACUCAGAGGCCUACCGUGGAAUAUGCAAAGCCGCCGAGUUCAUGUCCGGUCAUUUCAAACGCGUGGAGGAGAAGUAUGCGCUGCAAGCACAGCAGGACGGGCUCGAUGCUCCUACUAUCGGGAUCCUCGCGACAUCUGAUACGAUUACGUUCUUCUCACUCAUUGUGGGAAUCAUGCACCUGGGGCUCAUUCCAUUCCCUAUCUCGACUCGCAAUUCCGCAACGGCCGUGGCGCACCUCGUCAAGAAGACCGGAGUUCUCCAGCUGAUUGUUAGCUCGGAUGCUGCGACCCAGAGGCUUGGCCACCAUGCCAACGAGUUGUUGGCCAAAGAUGGAGAUAAAGUAGACAUUGUUCCGAUGCCCCACUUCUCAGAUCUCUAUAAUGACGAGGAAGGCAAGGGGGUGAAGAAGAUUCGGGAGCGAAAUGUCGACAACGUGACGCUCAUUCUGCAUUCUUCUGGGUCUACCGCGUUUCCGAAACCCAUUAGGCUCACUAGCUCCAAUUUGAUUCAAGGAGGAACAGCAGCAUAUUUCGGAGAGGUUGAUAUUUGUGGCCUCAACAUAGCUGCCCAUGCUUCACCCAUGUUUCAUGCCAUGGGCACCAUGAACAUCGCAAUGACCUUGUGUACGGGCGCGUUCAUAGGCUGCUUCAAGCCGGCUUCUCCACCUGUGGUCCCUACGCCGGAACUAUUCUUGGACGCGAUUGUCGCCACGGGUUGCAAUAUUGCCUUCGCAGUGCCCUCUUUUGUUGAGGAAUGGAGCAAAUCCUCCGAGAACGUGUCGAAGAUGCGGACGCUGAAUAUUUUGGCUUAUGGCGGUGGACCGCUGAGCAAGGCUGUAGGAGACAGACUGUCCGCUGCAGGUGUCCCCUUAAUCUCUGUAUACGGCGCAACCGAAUUCACCAUGAAUGUGUUCCUUCCUGAUGUGUCGAAGCAUCCAGGCUGGGAGUACUCGAAGGUCUCGCCACACACUGAAGUAGAAAUGGUUCCUCAGGAAGAUGCGGAUGACCUUUUUGAACCUGUGAUUCUUGCAGGGCGCUACGUUAAGCCGUUUGUUAUCAACACCACUAUCAAUGGAAGGCCUGCAUAUGCAUCUAGCGAUUUGCUCCAGAAGCAUCCCACGUUACCUGGAUAUUACAGGGUGUAUGGCCGUGUGGAUGACCAGAUCAUGCUCUCAACCGGAGAGAAGACUAAUCCCACUCCUUUGGAGGCGAUAUUUGUCACCGAUCCUCACAUUAAGCACGCACUCAUGUUUGGGCGAGGUCGCUUCCAAAAUGGCGUGCUUGUCCAACCCACGGAGCCGUUUGACUCCAGCGACGAAGGCGAAUUGGCUGAUUUCCGCAACAAGAUAUGGCCGACUGUAGAGCAAGUCAAUGAAUACGCGCCAUCUCAUUCAAGGGUAUUUAAGGAGAUGAUCAUCGUGACGAAUCCCUCAAAGCCCUUCCAGUUGACCGCGAAGGGAACAAUUCGUCGCCAGAUAUGCAUCGACGCCUACGCGGACGAAAUUGAGGCGGUCUAUAAGGCGGUGCAGGAUUCAUCCGAUGUUGAAGUACCCAUACCUGUCUCAUGGACCAGUGACACCACGCUCGAGUUCAUCAGAGAGCUGGUAGAACGGGUGAUGCAGAUGAAGUUGAGUGACGACGAUGACCUCUUCCAGCAGGGAUGUGACAGUCUGCAGGCGACUUGGAUACGUAACACGAUCAUCCACGCUAUUCGGACGUCGACGACGGCUUCGAUGCACGAUGUGCCCCAUAACCUAGUGUACAUGCACCCGAGCAUCCGCAUCCUCGGCGACUUCGUCUUCCACCUGGCUUCGACAGGUAAGAAGGCCAAUGGGGCCUCCCAGGUAGAGAUGAAGGCGAAAGAGAUGCACGACUUGGUGAAGAAGUACGCUGCCACGAUUUCUUUCCCGAAGCGCUUUGGAGGGAAAACCGCAGCUGCCGGGGACGCGCAGACCUUCUUGGUGACGGGUACCACUGGUCGCUUAGGAUGCCAUCUACUCUCUCAGCUCCUGCAGAAGCCAGACAUCGUCAAGGUGUAUGCAUUGAACAGGGACUCCCGAGGCUCGGAUGUUGCGCUGAGGGCGCGGCAGCAGGAGGCGUUCACGACUUGGGGCCUUGACGUCGUUCUGCUGGACUCAAAGAAACUUGAGUUGAUCGCGAGCGACCUACCGAAAGAAUAUCUGGGUCUGAGCAAGGAGAAAUAUAAUGAGAUUCGGGACUCUGUGACAGCAGUCGUCCACAACGCCUGGCGAGUCGACUUCAACCUUUCUCUGUCCUCCUUCGAGCCUUUGAUCGCCGGUGUCCGCAACUUGAUCAAUCUCUCCGCCGGAUCUCCAAGCUCCACAGGCCCGCGGAUUCUCUUUGUUAGCUCCAUGGGUGUCCUCAGCAACCCCACAUCUAUACCCGUGGCCGAAGAGCCAAUUCUGGAUCCAAAGGUUGCGAUGGGCGCAGGGUACGGCGAGAGUAAGUGGGUCGCAGAGCAGCUCUUUGCGUACGCCGCGCAGCAAGGUGGGCUCCGCACGACCUCGGUGCACGUGGGCCAGAUCAGCGGCGACACGCUCAACGGCGGGUGGAACACGAAAGAGUGGGUCGGCGCUCUCGUGAGCGCCGCGCAGGCCCUGGGCUGCGUGCCUUCACAUGAUGACAUCGUCGCGUGGCUCCCGGUUGACAUCACCGCCUCGGCAAUCCUCGACAUGGUCGGCUCCAAGACCGUCGAACCCGUCCUGAACCUGGUGCAUCCGCGCCCCGUACCAUGGGAUUCGCUCUUCGCGCCCGCAGCCGCACGCCUCAGCCUGCCGCUAGUCCCAUACGCGGAGUGGCUCGCGCGGCUGGAGGCGGCAGCGGCAGCAGCCAAGACGGCGGGAAAGAAUUCGAGCUCUCGGGAGGUGCAGCAGCAAGACACUGCUGUGACGCUGCUAGAGUUCUUCCGCAGGGGCAAUUUCGAUGGGCGCAUAAGACUAAGCACGGAGAAGGCUCAGCGUUGCUCGGCAACGUUGGCGGAAUUCCGGCAGUUGAACAAGGAGGAUAUGUUGAAGACGCUUGAGUAUUGGGCGAAGGCGGGCAUUCUGAAGUUGUGA